UAUGUUCAGCGAUUGGUCACUCUCAAUAGUUGGUUAAUCUCAAGUUAAUUGUGAAUCUUGCGCGUACCUACUUAAUUGCGCAGAGUCAAGAGCUGCAGUUAUCAAAUUCGAUUUAAUUAUAAUAUAAUUCAUCUGCUUUUAUUUGCGAGUCUUGGAACUACGCGCUAUAUGCGGAGUCGGCGUUGCCAGGGCGCCCUCCCCGCCGCCGCCGCCAUGUCGCCGCUCGCCCGCUCGCUGCUCGCGCUCGCCGCGCUGCUCGCCGCCGCCGACGCUGGCAGAGAACAAGUAUUGUUUGGUCUUAAUUCGCCACAUUUCAUCAGACUAAAUGAAGUGACGCUGAGCCCACAGGGAGGUUUUAUAAAACCUAAAAAUUACUGUCGCUCCACCGUUCCUAGAGGCGCCCAAGUGUCCGCCAGUAACUCGUACUACGACCGCGCGCCCCACAUCGCCGGGACGGUCCAGAGCAUCAGCGUGACCUGCACUCCUCUAGGACCUUACACUACCUGCAAGGAUAAUAUUAGGGUCAAUAUCACACAGUUUUGUUAAUAAUAAU